ACCACGACGCGCGCACGCAACCGCGGCCAGAUCCGUCGACCCCUCCACCCGCAACCGUCCAAUCCGGCACGGCGCACACAGCGAUGGAAGUGAAGCUGCACGCGGCGCGCACGCUGGUGGGCCGGCUGCGGGGCGCGGCGGCGGUGCGGGACGCGGGCGCCACGGCGGCGGCCGUCGCCGAGCUGCGCCGCGCGUCCAAGGACGACCCGGAUGUGCGGGCGCCGCUGGCGGACGCGGGGGCCGUGCCGUUCCUCGCGUCGCAGCUCACGGCGCCCUCCACGUCCGCCGCCGCCGAGGACGCGGCCGCCGCGCUGCUCAACAUCUCCCUCUCCGCACGGGAGCAGCUCAUGUCGUCCCCGGGGAUCCUCGACGCGCUCGCCCGGGCGAUCCGGGCCGAGGACUACGAGGCGGCGCACCACGCCGCCGCCGUCGUCGCCAGCCUGCUCUGCGUCGACGCCUAUCGCCCCAUCGUCGGCGCCAAGCGGGCGCUCCUGUCCGCGCUCGUCUCGCUCCUCCUCCCCUCCAAUGCGCGGGGCACGCGCGCCACCAAGGACGCCCUCAAGGCGCUCUUCGGCGUCGCGCUCUACCCGCUCAACCGGGCCACGCUGGUGGAGCUCGGCGUCGUGCGGGCGCUCUUCGGGCUCGUCAUGACGGACGGGCGCACGGGCAUCGUCGAGGACGCCACCGCCGUCGUCGCGCAGGUGGCCGGGUGCGCCGAGAGCCUCGACGCCUUCGCCGCGGUGUCCGGGGUGCGGAUCCUGGCCGACCUCGUCGAGCCCGGGGGCGCCGCCACGGGGCGGGCGAGGGAGAACGCGGCCGCCGCGCUGCUCAACCUCGUCAUGGCCGGCGGCGAGCGGGCCGUGGCGGAGGUGCUAGACGUGGGCGGCGCCGAGGAGGCCGUGAGGGAGCUGGCGGAGGACGGCGAGGCCAGCCCAAGGGGGAAGGCCAAGGCGGAGGCGCUGCUCAGGGCGCUCGAGGAGGGCGCCGCCGGCGCCAGGCGGCGUCAUGAGCACCGGUUCGCGGAUUUCCUCAACGGGCUCGUGGUGUCCGACCCCUACUUCUCGUCGCCGUCGCCGGCGUCGGCCAGCACGCACGACGACGCGUCACGUGUUACGCUUGGCUGACCCUGCACGCACGUACGUACGUGUCUAAUUAAUUAAUUUGCUCGCUGGUAGUACUUCCGUGUUGGUGAUCAGCUGAUGUAAAUACUAAGUACUGUAGUAGUGUGUACACUGAUGGUUAUUUGAGGAGAUUCUUCUGUACUUUUGCAGGAAACUUGAGAAACUGAUUUUUGUUUUGUUGAAA